UCAAAAUCAUUCGAGUGUUUGAUGCAUUUUCGUAUAAAGAAAACAAAACAACCAUAAUUUACAAUAUUCAAGACCCGUCAAACAAAUCCAACAGUCUUUUGAGUGAUGGUUGUUUGAAAUAGAUACAUCAUGUCUCAACCUCAAAGAGGAAUAUCACAAACCAAAGAGGCUUUGUUGAAAACCUACCAUAAAAAAUUAAAGGACGAUGUCAGGUCCAUGUUUGAUAACUUUACAGAAAUAAUACGAUUAGCAAGGGUAGAGGAGGAUUCCCAGAUCGCAAAGAUGACGCAGACAGAGCAGGACCAGUAUGAAAUGCAAGUCAGAGCUUCUAACAUUGGAAGGGCUGGAGAAUCUCUUAUGAAGCUGGUAUCAGAUCUGAAACAGUUCCUUGUGUUAAAUGACUUUCCAUCCGUGAAUGAGUCCAUCACGACUAACACACAACUGUAUAAAAACAUACAAAGUGAAUGUGACAAAACAUUGAUGAACUUGAAGGAUGAGAUGUCUGUUGAACUCUUUGAACUAGAAGAUGAAUAUUAUUCGUCAUCUUAUAAAUAAAUUGAAAAUAGAU